GCAUGCUUGUGUCUUUCUGAAAUUCGUUUGUUCCGCCAUGCCGGCUAUCGAGCUAUCGCAUUAAAAAAUAUUUACCUAGUGUGCGGAAGCCAGCUUAUUUUUCUUUUCACAUUUCGUUCGUAAAUUUUGAAUUAUUUAAGGCAAUGAAUUUAAACGAGCUCCUGCAACAAGCACAGCGCCUCUCAAAUGAGACCCAAAUGGACACAGAAAUGCCGCGCGUCGAUCGUACGCUCUCGCAAGUACUACAAGCCACACAGGAGUUGCAUGCGCGCGUCACACAAGCCGGUACAAAUGAUUUGCAGGCUCACAUUCUGCUUGGCUCCAGGGGCGUCGAUCUGCCAAAGCUUACACAAAAACUAGAAUCCCUCAGCGCCCGCCAAUCCUUCGAGCCCCUCAAUCCGAUUGGAGACACCGAUGUGGAGGGCUACCUGAAGAACGAGCGAGAGAAUGCAAUAAUCGCCGUGAUUGAGGAGACCAAUAAAAAUAUAUUUAAAUCGGUUGAGCGAAACAAAAUGCGCUGCAUAUUUGUCGAGUGGGGCGAGGAGAAGGAGCGACUGCUCAACGCAUUGGUUGGGCCCAAUCAGGAUGACUUUCCCGAGGUGCACCGCCAUAUGGUGUCCACUGUUCUGCCGCAGUCCGCCCUGCCGCGCUCUCGCCUCAAUCGCGUGGAGUCUAUGUAUGCCCAGCAGAUCACAUUAUACAACCACGUGCACAACCAGGGCAGCCAACGCGCCAAUUUGCUUAGUCAAUUCACCCAAAUGGUCAAGGAUCCAUCGAAUUCCCUCGAUACCCAUAUUCAAGAGAUGUGGAGCGUAUUGAACUACAUGGCCUAUGUGACGCCGCCCAAUCGCAACGCCGAGCCCCUUAAGGUGCGCCAGAGCGGCUCGCCAUUCGUGCAACAAGCGCUCAUCUAUCUGGAACAGUGCUACAAGCAGUAUAUGAACACAGUCAUUCAGAAGAAUCGUCUGGUUGGCCUGCGCGGCGGCAUACCCAACAUCUACAAUACGGUCUGCUCCUAUGUGACCAUCACCUUUCAAUCGCCGCAAUCCAUGGUCGGUUUGCUCGACGUCUCCGACAACCGUCCGCUUUGGCCGCUCGUCUACUAUAGCCUGCGCAGCGGCGAUCUGGGCGCUGCUGUAGAGUUUCUCAAGGAAGGCGGCGUUUGUCCCGAUCUGGUGAAGUUGCUGCAGCAUAAGCAUCAGAUCAAACAGAAGCAGCAACAAGCCCAGCUGCAGCAGCAGCUCCACCAGCUCGGCGAACAGGAGCGUCCCAAUGCCAAGCUGGAGGGGCAACUCAAGCUCGAAUACAGCAACAAGCUGCGCGUCUGCACGGAUCCAUUCAAAAAGGCGGUCUAUGCCAUUGUCUUGGCCUGCGAUCCGAAUGAGCCACACCAGGAGGUGGUGCGCACCAUUGACGACUUCCUUUGGAUGCAGCUAAGCGUUCUCAGCACUGAGGAACGCCUCGACUAUAACGUCGAGCGUCUUAGUUACGGCGGCCUGCAGUCGCUCAUAUUGGAAAAGUAUGGCGAGAAUUAUUUCAAUGCGCGCGAGAAGGCGCCGCUCUACUUCCAGGUGCUCGUCCUCACUGGACAGUUCGAGGCAGCCAUUGAGUUUCUGGCGCGCACCGAUGUAAAUCGUCCGCAUGCCGUUCACAUGGCCAUUGCCCUUAACGAGCAGUAUAUGCUGGCCACACCCAACGACGUGCAGAAGCCGCUGCUCUCCGCCGAAAAAUCCGAUCCGCCGCCCAUGCGUCGUCUCAACUUGGCGCGCCUCAUCAUCAUGUACACGAAGGGCUUCGAGCAAACGGACACCGUCGAGGCUGUCCAAUACUAUUACCUAUUGCGGAACUUAAAGGCCGCCGACGGGCGCAAUCUGAUGAUGUCCUGCUUCUGCGAUAUGCUCGUCGAGAAUUGUGAUGAUAAAAUGUUGCUCUUGGUAUUCGGCUCGCCCGAUCCCUGUGAUCCAUGGCGUUACAUUGGCGGCGUCUUUUCCCAGUUCUCCAACAUGGAGCACGACAAGUACAGCCUGGCCGGGAUGGUGGGCGACGAGUUGGCGCAUCGCACCAAGUUCGAGGCGGCUAUACGUCUCUACUUUAUUGGCGGACAGAUAGACAAGGCCUUGCGCUUGCUCUGCUCGCUGCUCACCCAGGUGGUGCAUCAGUCUUCACAAAAGGGCAGCAUUCGAGAGCAGCUGGUGGUGGUAUCGGAGCGCAUGAAUCAGUCACUGAGCCGACGCAAAACGGACGUUGAUGAGCAUGUGAUGCGCACAUAUAAGAUGCUAUCAGAGCUAUUGAAGUUCUUCGACUAUUACCACGCGGGAGAAUCCCGUCUGGCUAUUGAGGUUCUCACCAAGAAUCACAUAACACCCAACAGCUGUGCCGAGGUGGACGAAUGCGUUAGCAAUCUAAAGCUGGUUGGAUCCGAUAUUAUGAAGGUGCUGCCCGAUGUGCUGCUGGCCGCCAUGGAUCUAAUCUAUGGUCAGUACCUGGAGAUGAAGGCCGGUGCCAAUGUGAGUGGCAACAGCCACAACAGCAGCAGCGCCGGCCCAAUCGACGACCAAGUUGGCGACCCCAAGGAGGAGCGACUCAGGUAUUUGCGCCAACGUGCCAAGGCACUGACCAAUAUGGCUGCCACACUGCCCUAUCGCAUGCCCUCGGACACCAACAAUCGCCUCGUCCAGCUUGAGAUUCUGAUGCAUUGAAGCAACGAAGGAGAAAUGGGGAAUAACCGAAGGGGCGGGAAAACUAUUGUAGUUAACUGAUUUGUUCGUUUGUAUUUAUGAAAUUUAGUUCUGUUUUAUUGAGAAGAUAUCGGUUAUU